UUCUACUCGUUUUCUUCUCAUGUUUGGUUGUAUUUCGUGUUGCAAAAUUAAUAUUUUUGAAUUGCCGAAACGAAUAAAAUUGAAUUUGAACCAAGGAACACCAAUUGACUAACUUGUUUGAACUAAUGUAUAAAAAGUAAACGCCUUUAAUUCAGACCACAGCGGUAAAAAUUAAGGCUUUACGCGCAUUAAUCAUGCCUUUAACUAAACGUAAAAACUCGCCGGAAAAAGAAGAAUUAAUUGAGAAUGGUGACACCAUGGCAGAAAAUGGACCGAGUAACAUUAAAGGUGAUGAAGUGAAUAUAGCGGUUUUACUAUUUUUAUAUACUCUACAAGGCAUACCCUUGGGACUAGCCGCGGCAGUCCCUAUGCUGCUUCAAAAUCGCGGCAUAACAUACACACAGCAGGCUGAGUUCAGUUUAGUGUACUGGCCAUUCAGCAUAAAGUUACUGUGGGCACCUAUAGUAGAUGCUCUAUUCUGGCCCAAAUUUGGGCGGCGCAAAACAUGGCUAGUCCCCGUGCAGUACCUCAUCGGAAUUGUUAUGAUGAUCAUGUCCAGCAACGUAACGGAGUGGCUCGGCUCCAAAAGCCAAGCACCGUCAAUGACACUCCUCACUGCUUCAUUCAUGUUUUUGAACUUCUUGGCUGCCACUCAAGAUAUUGCUGUUGAUGGUUGGGCUCUUACGAUGUUAAAAAGAUGUAAUGUUGGUCAUGCCUCAACAUGCAACACUGUAGGACAGACAGCUGGCUAUUUCCUUGGCUAUGUAUUAUUCUUGGCCCUAGAAUCUCCCUAUUUCUGCAACAAAUACCUACGUUCAACUCCUGAAGAGACUGGCAUUGUCACUCUUGCUAGUUUCUUAUUUUUCUGGGGAUGGAUAUUCUUUAUUACGACUACAUUUAUCGCUGUUUUUAAACAUGAGGCCAAUGAUGCACCUAACAACAGAGAAAGCCAAGUUAAAGGAAUGAGUGACAUUGUGACUGCAUAUAAACAAUUGUAUACAAUCGUAAAACUGCCAGCUGUACAAACUUUGGCGUUGGUGCUAUUUACUGCUAAGCUAGGAUUCUGUGCAAGUGAUGCAGUAUCAGGACUUAAAUUAGUUGAGGCAGGAGUGCCUCGAGAAGAUUUGGCAUUACUUGCUGUACCACUAGUGCCAGUUCAAAUCAUCAUGCCAGUGGUCCUAGCAAAACACACCACGGGCCCUGCGCCGCUACACUUGUGGUUACGAGCGUUCCCACUGCGGCUGUUAGUCGGCCCACUAGUGGCACUUCUGGUGGCGCUCACUCCCAGUCUUCUUGGAGACUCGGGCCCUUCCUACUCGUACCUCUUCGUUCUGAUGGCGCUAUACGUGUUUCAUCAGACAUGUCUCUACUGCAUGUUCGUGGCAGUAAUGGCGUUCUACGCGAAAGUGUCAGACCCGACAGUGGGCGGGACUUAUAUGACGCUGCUCAACACGGUGUCGAACCUGGGAACCAACUGGCCCAACACACUGGCGCUGUGGGCCAUCGACUAUCUUACCUUCAAGACUUGCACUGCGCCGGAGUUAAGCGAUAACACGUGCGCUACAGAAUUGGAGACUGAUGUAUGCACAAGCAGCGGCGGUAAAUGCAAAAUCCGCAUCGACGGGUUCUACAUAGAGACGGUGCUUUGCCUAGUGGUAGGCUUUCUCUGGCUGCAAUGGGGCCGGCCCACCAUAAACCGGCUCCAACGGCUGCCCCCCUCCGCCUGGCAAAUCGGCCGCACCCACAGAUAAGACUGACCUACUUACCUUUACCAUUCCAAUUUGUUUUUGUUCUAGGAUAAAGUUGAAUCUGCCUCUGGACAGUGUAACUUCGAACCAAUGGUCAAAGAGUUCAAGAAAAUGAACUACUUUAGAAGCUUAAAACCAGGCAAUAAAGUUUAAAGUACGAUGUAAUUCAUUAUUUUUAGCAAAGGGUAAAAAUGCCUUUGACGUCACCACCCGCUAUCUUUACUUGAGUAACUGCUAAAGUACCAAGAGGUUUUAUACUGUGACGCUAAAAUUUUGUAGCGUAGCGAAAUUUCGCUUUGGACAUUGUUACAUUGUCUACAGGCACUGGGCAAUACAUUUUGUAUGCUCACUGACAGUUCGCAAAGGUCCCAAUAUUCAAAAAUAUGGACGCUUAAACCUUCAUAAUUUUGAUAGUCGGAUCGUUACACGGUGUUAAUGAAACUGAGACGCGUGCUAAUAAAAAUAAUAAUCUUGACACCGCAUCUGUUUUGCCAUACAUUGAGCUGUUGUUUCAUACUAACACAAAAAUGCAAUUUUAAAUACAAAAAAAUAAACACUGAAAUACCUCAUUCAUCGCGCUAUAAUUACGCGAUAGACGGGCCCAAUUACCUUUACCAGUACAGUACUACACCGUUAAGCUUUAAUUUAGAAUUUUGUGAAACUUGGAUAAACUGUAAACGCUUUGCGGAGAUUGGCACCUCACGCUUGCCUGUAAAGCAGUGAUACCACUGCCGCGUGUCUCUAGUUUUUGUUGUAAUCCAGUGUGGUAGGACUAAAUUAUGUAUUUCAAAUUUUAAAGCAAAUAGCCUUGUCAUUUUCAUCAUGACAGGGUAUUUUAUCAGCAUUGAUUGUCUUGAUGUUUUUACAAUAUGAAUUUUGCACAAAAUUAUAUCAAGGCGGCAUUUUGACAUGUAUAUUGUUUAGUAUUAUCUACACAAAUAUUUUAAAGAGGUAAAGUUUGUCAGUUUGGAUGUGCGUUACAGACUGUCUAUGAUAAAUGCAUGCGAAAGAUUUAGAUAGAAAUAAAGUUCCGAAGGUUCUGGAAUUGGCGACAGAAGCAGUAGUAGAGUUAGUAGUGUAUCAUUCGAUGAUAACUACGGUAGUACGACUUCCCAGUCAGACUUAUGAAUACAGGUUGUGUAGUCGCGGUUUGUAAACAAUAAUGGUAGUGUAAUUGCCAUCUCCACUUUACCUAUACUUACUAAUACUAGUUUUCUUACCGGCUAGAAUGUUAGAAAAGGCCAAUAGAUAUAAGUGUGUCAUUGUGAUAAUUUAUUAACAGUCUAUUAAGGAAAUAAUAAUGUAAUUUAUAUAGUUUCAAUUGUUUAUAUUUGUUAUAUCAAGUUCAAGUUAUGGAGCAUUAUUGUUUCAUAAAAUAAUUUAAAGGUCGGGGUAAAAAUAAAAGAGAUAGCAAUAAUUUACUCAUUAUACUUUAUGUACACAUCAACACUUACUGUAUGUAUAAUAGUUUUAUAACAAUGCUAUAAUCCGGUUACUAUUAACAAUUUGGUAAUCGUCACACAAUACAUGUCAUCGGAUAAUGCGUCAUCAACAAGUUUGGAAUUAACUAAACAGAAGCAGUAAAUCUAAAUCGAUUUGUUAACAGCAGUAUAGACUACAUUCAGUAAACACAAACAAUGCUGCCUGCAGCUCAACUUGGAAGAAAUAACAGUACUAUGUAAACGAUAAGUGAUCAACAUUGGAAGUUUUCAAAAAACAUCUAAAAAAAAAUUCAAAAUAUCUUUUAACUCAUAUUUUACAGACUUAAUUUAAAU